UGGAAAAACGAAUUUUCUGUCAUUCGUUUAAAAUGUGAAAUCGUUACGUUUUUUAAAUACCCCGCCCCUUGCAAGCACAAAAAGGACGAAAUGGAGCUGGAUGUCUUGGUCUUUGGUUCCUCAAAUAUCGACUAUAUUAUGUAUGUCAAUGAGCUGCCCAAAACAGGGGAGACUGUGUUUGCCAUGCACCGUGAACGUUGUUAUGGGGGCAAGGGCGCUAAUCAGUGUGUUGCAGCUGCCAAAUUAGGUGCCAACUGUGCUCUAAUUUCCAAAUUGGGCGACGAUGAACUGGGCGUAAAAUACUUGGAAUAUUUGACGAAGUUAGGAAUUAAUGUAGAGCACGUUGGAAUAGUCGCAGGCCAGAGCACGGGUCUGACUGAAAUCAAUGUCGCGGACAAUGCUCAAAACAUGAACAUUGUGCUAUCUGGCGCGAAUCUAUUGCUAAAAAGCACUGAUGUUCUAAACGCCAAAAAAUUGUUCGGGAAAUCCAAGGUCCUUCUUUGCCAGCUAGAAACAGACGAGAAGGCUGUCCUCUUUGCACUGAAUCAUUUCAAGGGCGUGUCCAUACUGAACGCCUCGCCCGCCCACAGAAAGCUGAGUUCGGAACUGAUCAGAGCACCAACAAUUUUGUGCUGCAAUAGGUUAGAAGCGGCGCAGCUAACCAAUCGUAGGCAGAUUGUCACAUUACAGGAUGCCAAAGCAGCAGCUACGCGUCUGAUUAAAAUGGGUGCGAAAAGCGUGAUCAUUACCAUGAGCGAUAUGGGCGCCGUUUACUUGUCUAGCAGUGAACCUGACUUGUGUACCCAGUGCCCGGCAGCGCUUGCACUCCAUUUGACAGAUACUUCGGGUGCGUCCGAUGCUUUUCUGGGUAGCUUAGCCUACCAUAUAGCGAUCUAUCCAAAUCUGAUACGAGAGAGUCACAUUACUGCUGCUAAUAUUUGUGCUGCUUAUGCUGUGAGCCAUCGUGGCACUCAACCCAGUUUUCCAGGCCCGAAUCUGUUUCAGGAGCGUCUAUGCCAGUUCGAUCCAUUAUACUAUAUUAUUGGUAAUGAUACUGGACAAAUCACAAGAGUAGAUCCUGUGACAGCGGCUAAAGCUGCUCUAGGGAAAGUGCAAACGAUAAUGGCAGCACCUGCGAUAAUGGCAACAUCGGAAACCAACGUUGCGAGAACAUCGAAGCCUGCGACAAGGAUUGCAAUUGCGCCAAGGACAACGCAAGAAGCAAUGAUGGAGCCCGAAUAUUGUUUCUGUCCUGAAGAGUCAGAGGAAUGUGUAGUGCCAAAGGCAACGCAAAUGACAUCUUCCGAAGCAGAACCACAAGCGCCAGAUUAUUGUUUCUGUCCUUCAGUGCCAGAGCCAAAACCAAAGGCACUGCCAGCGACAAAGCCACAGACCCUGCCAGAGGCAGUGUCAGCGACAAUGUCAGAGGCAGAGCCAGACGAAGGGCCAGUAUCAAUGGUACCUUCAGAGGCAUUGACUGCGCUAGAAAUAGAGGUAACGCCAGAGGCAGAGCCAGAGGCAGCGCCAGAAGCAGAGCCAGAGGCAGCGCCAGAGGCAGAGCCAGAGCCAGAGGCAGAGCCAGUACCAAUGGCAGCACCAGAUGAAGAUGCAGAUGAUCUUAAACGGCGCUCGAAGAGUGAAUUGUCUGGAGAGGAUGAGGAAGACAAAAAACUUACGAAAACUAGAUGGUUUACGAAAUGUUUAGUAUGUUGCAGAAAAAAACUAAGGCCAUCGGAAACACCAGAUUCCAAAAGCAACUGGGCUAAGAAACUAAUGAGAUGUGGCAGAAAAAGUUCAAAGUCUGCGCCUAUCCCACUGGAAACAUCUGACGUAUCUCAACCGGUACCUAGAAAGAGCCAUUUGGAUAAAGAUACUUAUUCCAGCGAUGAGGAAGGCAAAAAAUGUACGAAAAGUACAUUGAUUUCGAAAUGUUUGGGAUGUUUCAGAAAAAAACCAAAGUCUGAGGAAACACCUACUCCACUGAAGACACGUGACAAAAUAAAAACCUGGGCUAAGAAAUGCAUGAGAUGUGGUAGAAAAGAGUAUCAUUCCAGCGGUGAGGAAGGCGAACAACGUAAGAAAACUUUUUGGGAUAAGAAAUGUUUGGCAUGCUUGAGAAAAAAACCAAAGUCUGUUUCAACACGUGAUACAAAAACCACCUGGACUAAGAAAUUCUUGAGAUGUGGCAGAAAAGGUUCAAAGUCUGCGCCUAUCCCCGCUAAAAAAUCUGAGUCGGGCAGUUACUUUUGUAAACGGCUAUUUAAAAAGAAGAAAUCACGGAAAGCGGGCCAUUUGACCGAUGAUGAAUAUGGAACAUAUGUGCCAAGCCCCAAUGCUAAUAAGCCCUUGAUUUUUUGCAAAAGAAAGGCAAAGGAACCAAAGCCCCUGAAACCUUGUGAUUCUGGAAGUGAUUUAUCUAGACCGGUAUCUAAAAAGUACAUCUCGCGGAAAAAGUAUUAUUCCAGCGAUGAGGAAGACAAAAAACCUACGAGAACUUCGAGAACUUCGAGAACUACGUGGACUAAGAAAUGUAUAAAAUGUGGGAGAAAAAGUUCAAAGUCUGCGCCUAGGAAAACACCAGAGACACUAAAACCUUCUCAUUCGGAAAGUGACGUACCUAGAAAAGAGAAAUUGCGAAAAGUGUAUCACUCCUCCGAAGACGAAGGCGAAAGACCAUUUACAAGCAGCACGGCAAAUAAGCCCAUGGUGCUUGGAAGUACAGAGCCAAAGGCUCAGAAGCCACUGAAAAUAUGUGAUUCAGGAAGUGACUUAUCUGAACCGGUAUAUAGAAAAAAAAUAUCUCCAAGAAAGUAUUAUUCCAGUGAAGAUGAAGACAAAGACAAAGACAAAGAUAAGGACAAAGGCAAAGAUAAAGACAAAGACAAAGACAAAGAACGUGGGCCUAUGAAAUAUAUGGUAUGUUGCAGAAGAAAACCAAAGCUGUCACAGACAUCACCUACAACACGAGAUUCGAAAACCAGCUCGGCUAAGAAAUGCUUGAGAUGUGGCAGAAAAGGGUCAAAGUCUGCGCCUGGAGCAAUACCACAGAAAACAUAUGAUUCGGAAAGUGACGUACCUACAAAGCGCAGACCACGGAAAGUGUAUCACUCCUCCGAUGAUGAAGGCGAAGGACAAGCGACAAGCCGCACAGCUAAUAUACCUAUGAUGCUUGGCAGUACAGAUGCAAAGGAGCCAAAGCCACUGAAAACAUGUGAUUCGGGAAGUGACGAACCUAGAAAGGACAGAUUGCGGAAAGUGUAUCACUCCUCCGAUGAUGAAGGCGAAAGACCAUUUACAAGCAGCACGGCAAAUAAACCCAUGGUGCUUGGAAGUACAGAGCCAAAGACUAAGGAGCCAAAGCCACUGAAAACAUGUGAUUCGGGAACUGACUUUUCUGAACCGGUAUAUAGAAAAAAAAUAUCUCCAAGAAAGUAUUAUUCCAGUGAUGAUGAAGACAAAGACAAAGAUAAAGAUAAAGAUAAAGAUAAAGAUAAAGACAAAGACAAAGACAAAGGCAAAGACAAAGAUAAAGAACGUGGGCCUAUGAAAUAUAUGGUAUGUUGCAGAAGAAAACCAAAGCUGUCACAGACAUCACCUACAACACGAGAUUCGAAAACCAGCUCGGCUAAGAAAUGCUUGAGAUGUGGCAGAAAAGGGUCAAAGUCUGCGCCUGGAGCAAUACCACAGAAAACAUAUGAUUCGGAAAGUGACGUACCUACAAAGCGCAGACCACGGAAAGUGUAUCACUCCUCCGAUGAUGAAGGCGAAGGACAAGCGACAAGCCGCACAGCUAAUAUACCUAUGAUGCUUGGCAGUACAGAUGCAAAGGAGCCAAAGCCACUGAAAACAUGUGAUUCGGGAAGUGACGAACCUAGAAAGGACAGAUUGCGGAAAGUGUAUCACUCCUCCGAUGAUGAAGGCGAAAGACCAUUUACAAGCAGCACGGCAAAUAAACCCAUGGUGCUUGGAAGUACAGAGCCAAGGACUAAGGAGCCAAAGCCACUGAAAACAUGUGAUUCGGGAACUGACUUUUCUGAACCGGUAUAUAGAAAAAAAAUAUCUCCAAGAAAGUAUUAUUCCAGUGAUGAUGAAGACAAAGACAUAGAUAAAGACAAAGGCAAAGACAAAGACAAGGACAAAGACAAAGACAAAGAACGUGGGCCUAUGAAAUAUAUGGUAUGUUGCAGAAGAAAACCAAAGCUGUCACAGACAUCACCUACAACACGAGAUUCGAAAACCAGCUCGGUUAAGAAAUGCCUGAGAUGUGGCAGAAAAGGUUCAAAGUCAGCACCUGGGGCAACACCUAUACCAUUGAAAACAUGUGAUUCGGGAAGUGACGAACCUAGAAAGGAAAAAUUGCGGAAAGUGUAUCACUCCUCCGAGGAUGAAGGCGAAAGACCAUUUACAAGCAGCACGGCAAAUAAGCCCAUGGUUCUUGGAAGUACAGAGCCAAAGGCUCAGAAGCCACUGAAAACAUGUGAUUCGGGAAGUGACUUUUCUGAACCGGUAUAUAGAAAAAAAAUAUCUCCAAGAAAGUAUUAUUCCAGUGAUGAUGAAGACAAAGACAUAGAUAAAGACAAAGGCAAAGACAAGGACAAAGACAAAGACAAAGACAAAGAACGUGGGCCUAUGAAAUAUAUGGUAUGUUGCAGAAGAAAACCAAAGCUGUCACAGACAUCACCUACAACACGAGAUUCGAAAACCAGCUCGGCUAAGAAAUGCUUGAGAUGUGGCAGAAAAGGGUCGAAGUCUGCGCCUGGAGCAAUACCACAGAAAACAUAUGAUUCGGAAAGUGACGUACCUACAAAGCGCAGACCACGGAAAGUAUAUCACUCCUCCGAUGAUGAAGGCGAAAGACAAGUGACAAGCCACACGGCUAAUAAACCUAUGAUGCUUGGAAGUACAGAGCCAAAGACUAAGGAGCCAAAGCCACUGAAAACAUGUGAUUCGGGAAGUGACACACCUGGACCAGCAUCCAGAAGGAAGAUAAAGGGAGAUUCCACACUUGAGGAAGACGAAGAAGGUACAGUAUAUUCAAAGCCUGAGAGACGCAGAUAUUGCCCCAACUGCGACAGCUGUAACAGAAUGCGAGCCAGCGGCAAAGUCCAAGGAAACGUUCGACCAUGCGACCAAAGAUGGGGACGAGGAAGGUACGAAAACUACCACAGCUAAUAAAUCCAAAGGACAUAACGAGAAA